AUGCCUUUGGAAUUGUUGGUCCCAAAGCCAACCUCCGUCUUACAAGUUUCUCAGAAUGCCAAAGUGAUUGUGGCUUCCGCUGUCUAUGGCUCUGAUGUGAAGGUCGUUGUUGGUGAUGCUUCAUCAUCAAUUUUACUCAAGAUUGACUCAGAUCACUCCCUUUUCGAACCGAAUGCAAUCGUUGAGUAUCUUAGCAAAGCUAAGCUAACUUCUCAUGACUGGGACCUGAUUAGCAUCGAGGAAACUAAAUUAUACAACUUGUUGAAGCAAGGGGAAGCCAAGAAGCUCGAUCAAAAUAUUAGCCAGCUCCUAUCCGAGCUACUGGAUAAGGUCGGUUUGAAGGCACCGUUGUCUGCUGGAGCUGUUAUUGUUUUUGGAGCUUUAUAUGGUCUGGUAGCUACUAAUGGUAAGGGUGCCCUAUCUCAAGAUCUUCAGUUGACACUUUGGUAUCAAAAGUUUAGUGGGGAAUCUAGAGUGAAAUCCGGCUUGAAGGAGACUGAUGCAUUCGUCAUUGUUGCCGCUGCUGCUUCGACUGCUUCUAAAGCUACACCAGCUGUUUCUACUACCCCUCUCCCAGAGCGAACUGGAGAAAAGAAGAUCGCUUCUGGUCUUCAAAUGAACAUCCCUAGUGGCCCGAUCCUUCCCAAGGAUGGUCAAAGGAACAUUCUCAUUACCUCCGCACUACCCUAUGUUAACAAUGUUCCUCAUCUUGGUAACAUUGUAGGCAGUGUUUUGUCGGCCGAUAUUUUUGCCCGUUAUUGUAAGGCACGUAACUACAACACUCUUUUUAUUUGUGGUACUGAUGAGUAUGGUACUGCUACCGAAACUAAAGCAAUUGAAGAAAAUGUGACUCCACGUGAAUUAUGUGAUAAAUUCCAUGCUAUUCAUAGAGAUGUCUAUAAAUGGUUUCAGAUUGGCUUUGACCACUUUGGCCGCACUUCCACUCCUCAACAAACUGAGAUCACUCAGGACAUCUUCCUUAAGUUGAACAAGAAUGAUUUUCUUGAAGCUCAGACAAUGGAGCAGUUGUACUGUACUCAACACAAUGGUUAUCUUGCCGACAGAUUUGUAGAAGGUACCUGUCCUAAGUGUGGUUACGAAGAUGCUAGAGGUGACCAAUGUGACAAUUGUGGUAAUUUAUUAAAUCCGUUUGAGCUUAUCAACCCAAGAUGUAAACUAGACAAUAGCACUCCUGUCAAGCGCGAUACCAAGCACAUUUUCCUCCGUUUGGACAAACUUCAGCCAGAAAUCGAAACUUUCAAUGAUAGGGCCCAAGUGGAAGGCAAGUGGUCGAAGAACGGCAAAACUAUCACUCAUAAUUGGCUUAAAGAGGGGCUUCGUCCUAGAGCUAUCACCCGUGAUCUUAAAUGGGGUGUUCCCGUUCCAUUGGAGGAGUUCAAGGACAAGGUCAUGUAUGUUUGGUUUGAUGCAUGCAUUGGUUAUGUUAGUAUUACUGCUUGCUAUACCGAAGAAUGGCAAAAGUGGUGGAAGAAUCCUGAAAACGUGAAGCUGUAUCAGUUCAUGGGUAAAGAUAAUGUUCCUUUCCACAGUGUUAUUUUCCCAGGUUCUCAAAUUGGUACUGGAGAGAAGUGGACACAACUCCACCAUCUAAAUACUGCAGAAUAUUUGCAGUACGAGGGAGGCAAAUUCUCAAAAUCAAGAAACAUUGGUGUUUUUGGAAAUAAUGCUCAAGAAAUUGGAAUUAGCCCUUCGGUCUGGAGAUACUAUCUUUCUCUUGCUCGACCUGAGAGUUCUGAUACCCAGUUUUCUUGGCAGGAAUUUGUCUCUAGAAAUAACAGUGAACUGCUGGCUAAUUUGGGUAACUUCGUCAAUCGUUUGAUCAAGUUUGUCAAUGCCAGAUACAAUGGUGUUAUUCCAGACUAUUCCGUAGAUUCGCUUCCCGAAACGUUCCCUACCUUCAAGGAUGAUAUCAACAAGUACCUCGCCAAUUAUAAUGCAACUCUUGAAGUAGGUGCUAGUUUGAGACAGGGACUCGAAAUCGCUAUGCAGGUCUCAUCGAGAGGUAAUCAAUUCCUUCAGGACAACAAGCUUGAUAAUUCAUUGUUUGCCAACUUUCCUGAGAAGUCAGCUGCUGUUGUAGGUGUCGGCCUGAACUUGAUUUACCUUCUCUCUGCUCUUGUCUACCCUUAUAUGCCAGAAACAAGUCACGGCAUCAUUGAACAAUUGGAAGCACCUUUGCGUGUUAUCCCUGAUGAGUUUGAUAUGCCUCUGCUUGCUGGCCAUAACAUCGGCAAGGCAAAAUACCUGUUUAAGAGAAUUGAUGAGGCUAAGAUUGAUGAGUGGCGACUCAAGUAUGGCGGCGGAUCCGGUCAAUAA